AGCUAAACUAGUGCAAGUGGAGAAGAAAAAAUGAAAGUUGAAACCCUUCUUUUUCUUGCUUUUCCUCUUUACUAACUCCCCAUGAAUUCACCUACAUGCAUAUAAACCCUAGCUUUCUUCUCCGUUCAGAUACAGAGAGGAAGCCCAGAAAGAUCGAAGAAAUCCCAAAAAGAAUGCCUUCAUCACUGCAACUACAUCGAAUCAACCCCUCCCAUCCCACCACUGUAACCACCGCCGCCAUCGCCACGAACUUCCACAAGCAAAUAAAGAUAGUUGAUGUCGCCAGCCGAGCCGACGGGCUACCUCGCUUCGAGCUGGUGCCGGAAUCCGUGGCCCAGUGCCACAGCCACGCGGUAGCCCCGAACCGGUGCUGCUCCGCCGUGGUCCAGACCGUCGACGCGCCCGUCUCCGCCGUGUGGUCCGUGGUCCGCCGCUUCGACAACCCGCAGGCCUACAAGCACUUCCUCAAGAGCUGCCACGUGAUCGAUGGCAACGGCGAUGUGGGGAGCCUCAGGGAGGUGCACGUGGUGUCGGGCCUCCCGGCAGUUUCAAGCAUGGAGAGGCUCGAGAUCCUCGACGAUGAGCAGCACGUGAUGAGUUUUAGCAUUGUCGGGGGCGACCACCGGCUCGCGAACUACCGGUCGGUGACCACGCUCCACUCCACGUCGGAUGGGUCGGGUACGGUGGUGAUCGAGUCCUACGUGGUCGAUGUCCCUGACGGUAACACUAAGGAAGACACCUGCGUUUUUGCGGAUACGAUUGUUAGGUGCAAUUUGCAGUCUUUGGCGCAGAUCUUCGAGAGCUCAGCCAAGAGAAGCCAGCUAAAAUAAGCAUGCUCAUCAUCAUCGUCAGAUCAUCAUCAUCGUCAUUUGAAGUUUUAAUUGGUGGUUCGCUUUGUUUUUGUUUCUGAUGCGGGUCAGGUGCGCAGACCUCGGGUACCCGGCAGGCAUUGGGAAUUCAUUUAGCUUUUCAAGCUAUCUCAUCUCAGGUUGCACAUGGUAGAAGAUGAUAGAAUAUUACCACUGGUUCCUUUUCUUUCUUCUGGUCCUGUGUCAAUUUGUUGCUUCUCUCUCUCGUUCUCUUUCUCUUUGUAGAGUGUUUCUUCUAUAUAAUUUUGCCCAAAGAAGAAAAGUCAAGAAUUCAUCCUUUUGCUUUUUUGUGCACAUUAUCUGUCUCCCUGCUUUUAAUUUUAACAUUUGGAUAGUUACUAGGUAGUCCUACUUUUGUAGUUUGUUUAUGGAUUUUAGCUGGACAUUGUGAAUUUUCUUGCUGUUCGUAAGUUUACACUUGGGAAAAUCAAUAAAUCCUUAGUUCUUGCAUGAGG